UCUCUCUCUCUCUCUCGCUCUCUCUGCUGCUGACUGAAUCCAACAUGGAGUAAAGAGGAGAUGGGGCUCGUGCGGGGCCAUCCUCACCGACACCAGACCUCCAUUUUCGGUCACCGCAUUCCAGCCCGUCCCGGCCCGGCGGGGGCGGAGGAAGAGGAAGAGGAGGAAGAGGGAGAAAAGGAAGAAAAGGGAAAAGGCGUAGGAGGAGGUGGUAGAGGAGGAGGAGGAGGAGGAGGAGAAAGGUGGAAGAGGAGAUCGGAUGCCCUCCAGUGAUUGAGGAGUGAAAGGAGAAGAGGUAGAAGAAGAAAAAGAGGUGUUGGAGGAGUGGGAGGAGAGACGGAGAUCCAUCCGAGAAAACAUAACGCACAUCGGGAUUAAAGAGCCGAGCGGACCGCGGGAGAGAACCGGAUCCACCGCCGCUUUUGCCGCUGCCGCCUCUGCCGCUGCCGCCGACGCCUCUGCCGCCUCUGCCGCUGCAGGGCGAGGAAAACAUGAAGACACCGCGCUUUGCAGCCGCGGCGGGAGUUUAUUAUCGCCGGAGUUGAAACAGGAAAAACAUGAGCGAGGACACGCGCCCAGAUGAUGACAGCUACAUCGUGCGCGUCAAAGCGGUGGUGAUGACCAGGGACGAUUCGAGUGGCGGCUGGCUGGCGCAGGACGGCUGCCUGAGCAAAGUGGGCGUGUGCAGGCUGCUGGCGAGCGAACUGCUGGGACGCAACAGCUUCCUCAUCCACGGAGAACGCCUCAAAGACAAGCAGGUUGGGUCGACCACGUCCUCAUCAACGCUGCAGAACGAGGCGGAGCUCGGCGACGAUGACGUCUUCAUGACGGCCACCGACAGCUCGUCCAGCUCGUCCCAGAAGAGAGAGCCAGCGACGCACACGCUGGCCCCGCACAACUUCUGCGAGGCCCGACGAAACCAUUGCAUCCUGGGACAUUUCUACGAGCAGCACCGGCCCUCGGAUCACUACUUCCCAGACCGUGUCAGCUUCCAUGUGGAGGAGGAAGAGAUCGUACGCAUCAACCCCCGCGAGCGAUCCUGGCUCACCGGCUACGAGGACUACCGCCACGCCAACUCUGCUCGCGCCAAACUCGCCCAGCACCCGCCCGACAACCACAUAAUACACUUCGCCAAGAGCGAGCCGCCCAAACACGACCACGCCUACCCGUACCCGCUGAGCUGCGACCACAGAUCGGUGGUGACCGGGCAGCCGCGCGCCCUGAGGCCCGAAGCCAAGAGGCGGAAGCAGGACGGCGAGCGUUCCCGCUGCGUUUACUGUCGGGACAUGUUCAACCACGAGGACAAUGGGCGUGGCCGCUGCCAGGAAGCCCCCGAUCCGGUCCAGACCUGCAUCAGGCGGGUCAGCUUCAUGUGGUGCGCCGACAGCCUGCUGUACCACUGCAUGUCGGACCCCGAGGGAGACUACUCGGACCCUUGCUCGUGCGACGCCAGCGACGAGCGCUUCUGCCUGCGCUGGACGGCGCUGGUGGCCCUGUCGAUGCUGGCGCCGUGCAUGUGCUGCUACGCGCCGCUCAGGGCGUGCUACCGCUGCGGCGUGGCCUGCCGCUGCUGCGGCGGGAAACACAAAGCGGUGGGCUGAUCGUGCGUUUUCAUUGGCGCUCAGAAUUUUCCGAGGUCAAAAGGACGUUGGGAACUUCGGGAAGUCGGACAACAUCGCAGUACCCCCAGGCUCAAAGUCCAACGUGGCUGCCCCGUGCAUCAACAGCAGUGAAAGCUGCAGUAACGCACAGUUAUUAGUAGGGAUGCACCGAUAGGCCGGCCGGUGACCGGAAUUCGCCGGUUCCCACGUGCUCGGCCAUGACCGGCCACCGGCAGGUCAGUCCGACAUAUGCCGAUUCCAUGGCAGUCAACGCUACAGUUAACUGACAACAGAAGUUAUACGAGUUACAGUUCUCAAGGACGCCACAGCACGGACGCCACAGCACGCUCUCUCUUUCCUUUCUCUCAACUUCUCCGC